GAAUGUUUUAGGCAAAGUGGUGUGGUAUUAUUGACUAACACAUUACAAGCGUACAACCCGGAUGACCUUCAUCGUAGCAUUGAUGUCGAAUCGCUGCCAGCGACAUUGAAACGCUUUUAUCUUUUCUGGCGAAUUUGUCUUCCUGUCAACGUUGAGAAAAACAAAAAAUGGAUUAUUGUACUACAAGACGUUUGCAUUCAACACGAAGCAGAAGUGAUCAUGCCCUUGCACAGGAAGCUCGCAUCGACACUCUUCUAAGAGAAAUGAGGCCAAAUUUGUCUACCAGUCGUCCGCUGAGAGUAUCUGACGACGAUGUAUCUCCGUCUCCACCGAACUAUGAAAUGAUUUACCCGCCAAAACAUGCUCCUCCUCCUUAUAAUCAAUUGUAUCUCCGCUCAUCCCAGUCAACGUGGAAUAUGGAUCAUGGCACUGCUCCACCUCAGUCUAAAGCGUUGUCUACUUGGUCUGUUAGUCCGACAACGGUUGCGAACUCGCAAAACUCUUCCUAUGAGACUAACUCCUAUGCCAGUUUAUAUCCUGCGAUGCCUCCUCGACAAUCGCGGCCAUCCAGACGUGCUCCGCCUGAGAAGAUUCACUAUUUACCUGAAGCCGUGAUGUCGGCUAUAUCGCUUGCCGAUAGUUCCUUAGAAAAUGGUACCUUGACGCCAAGGAACGCUCCACGACAAGCUAGUUUUAUCGCAGCAAUAACGAAGCAAACUUUGUCUGAUGAUGAAGACACGACAACAGCGAUGCGCUGUUGCCUACAAGAACAGUCGACGCCACAGGUGUUACGACGUCUAGAAAGAGACAAAGGCGUCGUUGUCGUGACACGACAGACAGCGAAAGAAAAUCGUCGUACGACAAUUUAUGGCGACAAAAUCUUCUCAAAACAAUCACGUCAUGAAUCAUCAUCACAUCGCGAUAUGAAUCAUAAUGUCUCAGCCCAAAAUAAAAUGAGACGAGCCCGACCGAAAUCGUAUGUGCUGGCAACGUCCACCAGCCUACCGGAAACGGAACAUCCAUUAGCGAUUAGUCACGAUGAUAGCAGAGAGUUAUCCUCACUCGGAUCGCUAUCAUCAAUCGAUCGAACACCUCGAGGAGCUUAUGCUCAGCAUGCACAUGCACAUGGACAUCGUAUGCAAAAAUUUAUCUCAUUGUUUAGUCAUCAGAACUCGCCGGUGAAAAUGCGUGCGAAACGUUCACGGACAUCGCUUCCAAUUUCACGUACACCACUGCCUGAUACAAUACUUCGUUGCAGUAAACUCGUACGACAAGGAUGGCUACGGCAUCAGGAGUUAGCGCUCGGUAAAACGGGUAAACGACGACAUUGGGAAGAAUGCUAUGCUGUACUGUUUGAUCGUAGCCUCUACCUCUGUCCAAACGAACCACGUAUGACGGUUGCUGAAAAUUCUGGCGAGAAGCUGGUGCAUUUACCUCCAUGUGCACGUGUAGAUGUACAUUCGUCGAUAAUUGAUAUCGCUUAUGAAUGGUUAGCAAUGAGCCAUAGUAAACAUGUGUUUCGAUUGGUUACACAAACAAGGACGGAGCAUUUAUUCGAUUUAAAUAACGAAGCCGAUAUGCUAUCGUGGAUCUCUACCCUGCAAUCAUGUGCCGAAGGUACAAUGUCACCUCAAAUGCAUAGCUCAUGCUCGGCCGCCUCGCUGGCCUCAUCGUCAUCUACGCCUUCCGAACGCAAUGGGCAUACAGCGUCAGCCACCAAUCAGUUGAUUAUGCAUAGAUACAAAGCGAAGUCAUCGCAGUUGCAAUCUCCACAAACUGGCAAACGUACGACGAUGGCCAACGAUGUGCACUGCGUACAACCCGGAACUAGCAAAGAUAGUAGCUCCGGAGAGAAUGGAGAGCCAUCAACGCCCAAAUCAGGCCGAAAAUGGAAGAAAACGAAAGCUGGGAAGCAGGGUAGCGGUGGUACGAUGACCGGUGGAUCUGGAAGUGCGGCUAGUUCGGCUAAUACAAAUACGACCAGUUCGACAACAGGAGUAGCGGCCUCACAUGGUGUACUCGGAGUACGGCUACAGGAUUGUGCUAUGGCCGGACCGGACGAUCUCGUGCCAUUAGUGGUGCAAAUUUGCGUCAGUGUUGUCGAGGCAAACGGUUUGGAUACGAUUGGUAUCUACCGUAUACCGGGAAAUACAGCCGCGGUGAAUGCCUUGAAAGAGAUGUUCGCGCAUUCAUUGGAUACGAUGACUGUGGAAAAUCUGGAUUUGAGUGAUUCACGAUGGCGAGAUGUCAACGUCGUAUCCAGCUUGCUCAAAAUGUUCCUGAGAAAAUUACCCGAACCUCUUCUCACCGACAAACUUUACCCGUUUUUCAUUGAUGCAAAUCGGAUAGCAAGUCAUCACAAUCGACUCCAUAAAUUAAGGAAUUUGUUGCGGAAGCUGCCCCGACAUCAUUAUGCUACAUUGAAGUACAUCAUCUAUCAUUUGUCGGAGAUAACGAAAAAUAGUGCAGUGAAUAAGAUGGAGACUAGGAAUUUGGCGCUGAUGUUUGGGCCAUCAAUUGUGCGACCAUCCGAUGAUAAUAUGGCCACGAUGGUAACACAUAUGAGUGAUCAGUGCAAGAUCAUUGAAACAUUGAUUCAUUAUCAUGAAUGGAUGUUCAAUGACAACUCGCCCGCUGAUGAUGCCGUACCGGAACAACAUCCGUCGGAAACUGGUGGUCCACCAUUGGAAGCACCGCAGUACGGUGUCGGUGUCCCAACAGGCGUUUCCGCUGCGUCCUUUAAUGAUAUGCACAAUUUGAUUCGAAAAGCUAACGAAGAUCAAGCUGCUGCAAUGAUGGCUGAAGGAAAGGGAGGAAAGAUCAAGAAUAUCCUGCGACGAAAUUCACGGCGAGACAAGUCCAAAUCGAAGUUGAAAAUCGAGUCGACAGCGGCUGCGGCGAUGAAUCCACGAAGUGGUGGUGCCACCAUAUCCAAUCACACCGCUGCUUCUUAUCAUCCAACACCUCCUCCACCAAUCACGCAAUCGCCAACCACGCAAAGUAGUGUGGAUAGUGCAUUCUGUGGGAAUUAUCAGGAACGCGACAUCGACGCCGAAAUCAUGUCGCGACAAGCCGUAUCCCCCCUGGCUGCCGCCUCAGCUGGCAGCCCCGAGCAGAGCCCAUCGGUUGAAUCCAGCCUUGGCAGCAUCCCGGAUACGAGUCGUACUGAUCCCGGUACCACCACCACCACCUCGACAACGGAGGCUGGAGAAAUUCAGGCGAGGCGAAAAAGGCAGCAGGAUAUCUACUGCGCCCGUAGGAUCUUCAUCGCUGGCUCGGCAGCUGCAGCUGAUGACAAUAGCGCCAUCGAUGCACUUGCGAAUCAUACCCAACAUCUGAACAUGGCAAACACCCCGGCUUUGGAGGUCCUCAGUGAAGAAACCCGUGAAAAAAUUCGUAAAAUGCAACGGCGCCAAAAUUGGAUGGAUCCUUUGCCAUUCACUAUGCCAACCCAUGUAAUGAAUACGAGUCAUAUAGUACAUCCAGCCCCGUCACCGCCAGUAGUCCAUGCAGAACCUCCACCUCCAAGCAUCACUACGGAUAUCGCUAAGACUGGCUCACCCACCAAAGACAUGACCGAUGCCGUUUCGUGCACUUCGGACUAUUCCACCACCAGUUCAGCUCCGCUGACUGCACCGUUGGCCGUAGCCUGCGCCGCAUCUUCUUCCGAUUAUGCUUCGAGCUUCAGUGAUCCUAGUCCAUGCGCUCGCAACGCGUCCGCUUCGCCCCGACAACGCCCACAAGUGCUGGGAGUAUUGCCAGAAGCACGAUGCCAGCAAAAAAUCCGCAUACGCAGCCGAACUACACCACGUGAUCCGUCACGAAGGCAUACGCUGUCUGAUAUGGAUGUGUUGAAGGAGGGACGCCUCGAAAAAUUUGCUCGAUGGUUUGGCAUUCGAAAAUCCAGCCCAGAUGUCAGUGUAGAACGCCAAGGCAUUGACCGAAGUCCUGGUCACAAACAUCCGCCUUUGGAACCGCCACUCAUCGUACGAACUUCUCCCAAUGAACUAACACCUGCCAGUGGAGACGAGCAACUAUAAACGAAGUAUGGAUUCUCUCAAGCGCCAACUCUACGUAUCGCAGCCAAAAUGCGCAUAAUGGCUUAUCUCCCCGUCAUCCUACGUCUUUCCUACGUAUAAAUCUUGUCGCUUAGGUGUUAUAUUACUUAUAUGUCAAGAAAAUGUGCAUAGUAUUUUUACUACUUUUCAUGCCAAAUGUCAUCCACGAAAUUUUGUGGUUCAUUUAAAAAUCCCAAAAAACUUGACGCUGUUGAUUUAUCGAGGUCGCUGAAGUUUGUGAAACUUCUUUAGCUAAAUGAGAACAUGCCGUGUCUGAUCGUAGGGAACGUGAAACCGGGUCCACUAGAUUGCCUCGUAGCGUAUCGUAUCCCGUGUAUACUGUAAUACUUCAUCGCAUACUGUAACCCCAACGAAUAGUAAUAAGAUUCAAGCCCAAUGCACAAUAUAACGCAUCUCAAACGUUCUUCCGCCCUUAUGUGUUCUUCUUCUUUUGGUUUUAGUGAUCUCCAAUAUGUCGGUUCGUCAGAGGUACUGUAUUUCCUCUUAACUUUCUACAGUAUUACUACAGUCUAAUUUUGUGCGAAUGUGCCAAUUUUACACUCUCACGCACACACACACACACAAAUACUGAAGCCAAAGGUAUUAGAGACGGUGCGAAGCGUUCCGCAAGUCGCGCACAUUUUCACCUGCCAAGUGCGCGCCAUUCAGCAAAGACUUUUAGCUUAUAGAAAAUGGGUUUGCAAAAUGUACCGUACUCCCGUACCCAAUCUUCGAAUUCGUUGUUUUGUUUUUUUUCUAUCAUUAAAUGUAAAUUUCCCUUCUUAUCAUCGAGUCACAUCAUUUUGAGUAUGCAUAUGUAAAAGUAUGUAAAUGUUACAUUGUGCUAUACGCUAUAUAUGUACUAUUAUGUAUCAUAAGUUGUCUAAUCGAUAAUCGAUUUUCGUUCUGUUUUUCUCAUAUGUGUUUCUGAUCAACGUUUCAACCUUCUGGCUAUUUUCUUUUCGAUGAACAUUUUCUGGAAAGGUUGAGAUUAAGAGAAUUAGUAGGUAUUGCUACGAAAAUUGUGAUUAUACUGUUAGUCAUUUGUGUUGAUACAAGAAGUUAAUAA